GGGUGCGACUUUCUUUUCUUGCAUUUGCACCCUAACUCCCAACAAAUACUGCUUUUUCCGUGAAGUGGCACUCGGAAUCCGUGGCACAUCAUCACACAAACCCUAACCCUAAAUUCGCAACGACAAAAAAAAAAUACUCCUUUUUCUCAGUGUAAAACUGAAUCUCAACUCAGGGUUUCGCCUUGUUUUUGUGCGAGAAACGAAGUGGUAUCAAUGGAUUCAGACGAAGGAAAGCUAUUCAUUGGAGGAAUAGCAUGGGAUACCACCGAGGAAACCCUCAGUGAUUACUUUAGUAAGUAUGGAGAUGUCUCUCAGACCGUUAUCAUGCGCGACAAGACCACCGGCCGUCCACGUGGAUUCGGAUUUGUCGUUUUCUCAGAUCCUUCGGUUCUCGAUUCUGUUCUUCAAGAUAGGCACACUAUUGAGGGACGAACUGUGGAAGCUAAACGAGCUUUAUCUAGGGAAGAACAACAAACGUCUAGACCCGGAGGUAAUGUUGGGAGGAGCUCUGGAGGGACGGGAAAUUACAGAACCAAAAAGAUAUUCGUUGGUGGAUUGCCAUCCACCUUGACGGAGGAACAAUUCCGUCAGUAUUUUGAAAGUUACGGUGAUGUAACUGAUGUAGUAAUAAUGUUUGACCAAAAUACCAACAGGCCUCGAGGAUUUGGUUUCAUCUCAUUUGACACAGAAGAUGCUGUUGAUAGAGUUCUCCAAAAGACCUUUCACGAGCUGAACAAUAAGCUUGUUGAGGUGAAACGGGCACUUCCUAAGGAUGCAAAUCUUGGUGGUGGUGGUGGUGGCAGCGGCGGCAGCCGUGGUGGAGGCUAUCAAGGUUCCAAUGCUGGCUCGUUUGAUAGUCAAAUGGACGGUAACAGAUUCCUGCAACAGCAAACUGCUGGCGGUGGCUACCCAGCAUAUUCUGGCUAUGGUCAACCCGCUUAUGGCUUUGGAGGGCCAAAUAGUAAUGCUGGUUAUGGCGGAUAUGGAAAUUAUGGUGUGGGUGGUUAUGGGGGUCCUGCAUAUGGGAACCCAACUGGUGCAAACUCAGGUUAUGUAGGUGGAAAUCCGAGUGCUUUGAAAACCGCGUGGGGUGGUCAGAGUCCUGGUUAUGGUGGCACCGGCUAUGGCCCCAAUGUGGGUUAUGGAGGUAAUGUUCCUUGGAAUACUGCUGGUGGUGGUGCCGCAGUUUCUGCACCAAUGAGUCAAUCAGCCGGUGGAGGUUCUGGGUAUGGGAGUCAAGGCUAUGGUUAUGGCAACUAUGGCAGUAAUGAUGGCUACAAUACUAACCCUGGUGGUUAUGGAGGUGGUGGCGGAGGGCGGUUUGGGCCAGGAGGUGCCCCAAAUAACAUGGCUGGCGGAGGAGAUCAGCAAGCAGCAGGCGGUGGUGGUGGCAAUAUGGGGAGUGGCUAUAAUGGACAAACCGGGUACUCUAAUGCGGGUUGGAGAUCUGAGUCAUGAAAAGGUUCAGGUUUUGUUGGACCCGGGAUAAUCUAUGAGAGUGAUUGGAUGGGGGCGACAUCCAUGGCAGAGCUCGGAAUGACGGAUGAUGCAUGAUGGGACGAAAGCCGAAAAUGGUUGGAUUGCUUGAAUCUUUGUAGUAUGUUUUUAGUAUCUAUUUUGGUACCAUUAUUAGUAGUUGUAUUAUGCCAUUUUUAAGUAAGUUUGCUGCUAUAAUUGUAUGUGUUUUUUUUCAUCAAUGCUUCUAUUCUAUCCUUUUUUUCACUA